AAUCAACCUUGUGAAAAAAAAAAAAACCUUUUGAUUCCUCUCUCGAUUCUUCUUCCAAAAGCCAUGAAACCGAUUCAAUCUCCUCCUGGAGGAGUAGCUUCACCUACCAAGAACCGUUCACGCAAACGUCCUGACCUAAGCUUACCACUCCCAAACCGUGACGUCGCUCUCGCCGUACCUCUCCCUCUCCCACCACCCUCCUCCUCUUCCGCUCCGGCGUCGUCAUCUGCGAUCUCAACCAACAUCUCCGCCGCGAAAAGCUUAUCUGAGCUAGAACGAGUGAACCGAAUCGGAAGCGGAGCCGGAGGAACGGUUUACAAAGUAAUCCACACUCCGACGUCACGUCCUUUCGCUCUCAAAGUGAUUUACGGAAACCACGAAGAUACCGUGAGACGUCAGAUCUGUAGAGAGAUCGAGAUCUUACGAAGUGUUGAUCAUCCUAACGUUGUGAAAUGUCACGAAAUGUUUGAUCAUAACGGUGAGAUCCAGGUUUUGCUUGAGUUUAUGGAUCAAGGUUCUCUUGAAGGAGCUCAUGUUUGGCAAGAACAGGAAUUAGCUGAUCUCUCUCGUCAGAUUCUUAGUGGUUUAGCUUAUCUUCAUCGUCGUCAUAUCGUUCACCGUGAUAUCAAACCUUCGAAUCUACUUAUAAACUCAGCUAAGAAUGUGAAAAUUGCUGAUUUUGGAGUUAGUAGGAUCUUGGCUCAAACCAUGGAUCCUUGUAAUUCGUCUGUUGGAACUAUUGCUUAUAUGAGUCCUGAGAGGAUUAACACUGAUUUGAAUCAUGGUCGUUACGAUGGUUACGCUGGAGAUGUUUGGAGUUUAGGUGUUAGCGUCUUGGAGUUUUAUUUGGGGAGGUUUCCUUUUAAUGUGAGUAGACAAGGUGAUUGGGCUAGUCUAAUGUGUGCCAUUUGUAUGUCUCAGCCACCGGAAGCUCCGGUGACGGCGUCUCAGGAGUUUCGUCACUUUGUUUCUUGUUGUUUACAGAGUGAUCCUCCUAAGAGAUGGUCAGCUCAACAGCUUUUGCAGCAUCCUUUCAUACUUAAAGCUACCGGAGGUCCUAAUCUCCGUCAAAUGUUGCCGCCGCCUCGUCCUCUUCCUUCGGCUUCCUAGUGUUUUUACCAUUUUCGUCUUUCUUGUUUUCCGAUUUUUCGUAUUUUUUCCUGACAAUUUUUCCAUAAGUUUUGCAUACCCCAAGCAACGAUAAUGAAAAGAGUAGAACAAUGUGGUUUGUGUUUGGGGUAUGAUUCGUCAGGAAGAAACUCAGUUUGUGGUUAGGGUUUAUUGAGUCUUUCUUAUGUUGUUAAGCUUGAUUUUUCUUUUGGGUAAUGAAGAAUGUUUUGCUAG